AGGAGGAAGUGGAGAAAGGAGGGGGAUAGAGAGAGGAUGGCGGGGCACAUCCUGCAAAGAUAAUCCCUCUACAGUUAUGACAUCAUCUCCCUGCUUAUACACACACACACACACAUACACAAACACACACACAUACACACACACAUAUCUAUAUAUAUAUACAUAUAUUCAGGGAAUGGCCAGAGCAUCUCUCAUAGUUCACUCACUUUCAAAGCCAGCUGAAGGCAAGAGAAAGCAUUGGAGAGCUCCCUUCCUGUCUUUCAGACUUUUGUGGAUUUGCUUGCUAGAAGGCUGAAAGAUGAUGGCUGGGAUGAAAAUCCAAGUGGUGUGCACGAUGCUGCUGGCUCUCAGCUCCUGGAGUCUGUGCUCAGAUUCAGAAGAGGAAAUGAAAGCAUUAGAAGCAGAUUUAUUGACCAACAUGCAUGCAUCAAAGAUCAAUAAAGCAAGUGUUUCCUCCUGGAAAAUGACCUUACUAAAUGUUUGCAGUUUCAUAAAUAAUCUGAAUAGCCCAGUGGAGGAAACAGGAGAGGUUCAGGAAGAACUCAUUACCAGAAGGAAGGUUCCUAUGGUCUUAGAUGGCUUUACCUUAGAAGCAAUGCUGACCAUAUUCCAGCUCCAGAAAAUCUGCCACAGCAGGGCCUUUCAACAUUGGGAGAUAAUUCAGGAAGAUAUUCUUGAUAAUGGCAAUGACAAAAAUGAGAAAGAAGAAGUCAUAAAGAGAAAGAUUCCUUACAUCCUGAAAAGGCAGCUGUAUGAGAAUAAGCCCCGAAGACCCUACAUACUUAAGAGAGGGUCUUAUUAUUACUAAGAAGACAUUUCACCGACAUGUCAUUGUGAUUUACCAUCCAUUAACUAGCUAUUUAAUUAUGUUUGUUUGAUAAUGUGACAAAACUUGCUUAUUUUGUCACACCCAUAAUUGUAGUCUAUUGGAUGUGAUUUUCCUGCAUUAAUGUAUAUUGGACUAAAUGUUUUCUAAUAAAUCCAGAUCUUGAGCAUGAAGUGUUAUGUAUAACUGGAGUAGAUAUUAAUCAUGUCAUAUAUACAAUGUUUUGUAACUUUACAAAACACAUUAUCAGUGUUUGAACAUUUCUUAAUGAAAUUUUGAGAUUAUAACUAAGUCUAGGAUACAUUUCAUUAGCCAUAUGCAAAGUAAUGGCACCACUCUUAUUUGAUCAUUUUAUUUAAUUGAAAGAAAUACACAAUGCUUUCGAAAAACUGCUUACACAUUUCUCAGUUAUUGGGGAAAUUAUUGCUGUAUGGUAGGGGCAUCUGGAAAAAUGAUUAAUGAAACAUAAUUAACUAUGUAUAUUUUAGAAAAUGGUUUUACAGUGAAUGUGCUACCUGUCCAAUGAAUUUGAAUGGAUGUUCUGUCUAUCCAGUAACUAUGUAGCCAAUAAAAGUCAACAGCUAUCCAAACCAAAUGCUUCACUGCAGAUUUACUUGCAGAAGAACUAUUUCUAGAAGCUGAGGCAUAACUCAGCUACAGAGAUCUUGCUUGCAAUGUCCAAGUUCAAACCUUGACACCAGAAAAAUAGAUGUAUAAUCAUAUCAGAAGAAUUAAUUUUAACUAUUUUUUUUUCAUUUACCACAUUUUAUUCCAAGACAUCAUAGAUCUAUUUCUUUUUAUAACUUCAUUGAGGUACUUUUGUUUCUAAUAUUUUUACUCAUUGGGAAGGUAUAUUUAAGCCCAAACUGUACUUUAUAAAACUCUGCCUAAAUUUAUUUUAAACUGAUUAUGGUCUCAUAAGUCCCUAUAGCAUUUGCUAUUCAUUGUUUGUUUUGACACACUAGAUUAUUUCCCUUCAUGGGACGGGAUAUCUCUCAUAGUACUUGAGCCUCACACAUCUCAUCUAUUAAUGAAUUCAGAGCUUAAGUAGAUAGAAACCUUUCAAAACUCCACAUUCUUUUUAUGAGACAAGUCAUAUUCUCAGCUUAACCCUACUCAGAUUGACUGUCAGCCCACAAAUCUUUAUAGUGUUCUCCUAAACCGCUGACUUCUAAGUCCCAUCAUUCCCGAUAUUCAGACAUCCCAUUGACUUCAACAUUAAAACAUGUCCAAGGAAGGAAUUAUUAAAAGCAAACUGUUCAAUCAUGUUUAAGUGUAUGUUUUCUGAAGUCACAAAUCCCAGAUUAAGUUGUUCUCCACUUGUUCUCCAGCAACCUUGGGCAACUAUGUCACUUGUUUCCUCAUCUGAGAACCAGAGAAACCAAUGAAUUUAGAGAAAGAUAAAAUGUGCUGAUUACAUAGUUAUUAGUAAAUCAAGAUUAUUAUCAUUCCUAAAAUGCAUUAAUAACAUGCUUCCUCUGACAGUUGUCGUUUGUUCUACAGAUUCUUCCAUUACAUACUUUCUUGGUAUAUUUUUAUUAUAUUGUCAGUAGUUGUGAUAGCUUGAAUCUGAUAUCCCUUGUAAACUCAUGAGUUUUCAAUAUUUGGUCCAAAGAUGGUGACAAUUUGGGAGGUAAGGACUUGUAGAGGAGGUGUGUUGUUGGGGCAGGUUUAGGAAUGCUAUUGUGUCCUUUCCCCUUUGCAAAGCUCCACUCAUACUUGCUGCUAUCUUUCACCUCCUGUGGUGAGCAGCAAUCUCUAGUCUCUGCCAUUCAUUUCCUGCCAUCACCAAGCUUCCUCUCAAAAUUGUAAGCCCCAAUUAGCUGCUUUUGGUCAAGUGUUUUGUCCUUGAAAUGUGAAAAUAACUACAACUGUAAAUAGUAGUAGUAGGACCAAUUUUUCUCUUCUUAUUUACCUCAUUAGAAAACAAAAGUUCAACAUGUUUACAUCCAUACUUCAUCAGCAAAAUACUCUUUAAAGCCACUGUCUACCAAACUUUCAGCCCUCUAAGGCAUUUCAUUGCUCUUUCUUUGUAAGUAAUUUUAUACAAGUAACAAGGAACUUUUCCUCUGAACUCCAUGUGGUGGUUUGAAUGUAAAAUGUUCCCCAUAGAUUCUUUGUAACACCUUAUUUCCAGGCAGUGAGGCUAUUUGAGAAGACUGUGAAAUCUUCAAGAUGAGCAGCCUUGCUGGAGGAAGUAUGUCCCUGGGAGGAAGCCUCAAGGACCCCUUGUCAUGAUUUAUUUUGAUUUUCUCUCUGCUGAUAAGACACUCUCUUCAGCUUUCUGCUCUACUACAUGUUCCCUACCAUGACAGUGAAAAUCAGCAGUUUGUAAAGACAAUAUACGUUCUCCCCUCAAAAACUGGGAAAUAUCAAAACUUAUACAUAGCAUAGAUUGGUUACAUGUAUUAACUUAGAUGAUACUUAAAAUAAAUAGUGUGCUCUGGUGAGUACUAUUGCUAAUGGGUGGCUAUGCAUGCUUGGGGAUAAAUGAUAUAUAGAAAAGCUCUGUAUCUUGUUUUGAAAUGAACCUGAAAUUGCUAUAAAAACUAAAAUCAGUUUUGUAAAACUCACAAUAUCAUUCCCUUGUAUGCUGAACUAAACUCAAAUUCUGUCUUAAAA